AGAGGAUGUGGUGCAUGUUAUCAGAUAAAAUGCACUUCGAACCAGGCGUGUUCGACGAAUCCUGUUACGGUAGUGAUUACAGACGAAUGUGGACAAGGAUGCCUCACAGAGUCGGUUCAUUUCGAUUUGAGCGGUACAGCGUUUGGUGCGAUGGCCGUUCCCGGUCACGAUAGCCAGCUUCGAAAUGCAGGAGUUUUGCAGAUUCUUUAUAGAAAAGUUGAGUGCAACUAUAAUGGCGAAACGGUGGUGUUUCAAGUGGACGGAGGUUCUAACGCCUACUACUUCGCGGCUUUGGUUGAGUAUGUAAACGGAGACGGUGAAAUAGGCCAAGUUGAACUCAAACAAGCGUUAGAUUCUGACACAUGGCUUCCGAUGAGCCACUCAUGGGGUGCGGUGUGGAAGCUUGAAGUUACAUCACCUUUGCGAGCUCCACUGUCUCUUCGGUUGACUUAUCUAGACUCCGGCGAGACCGUUGUGGCUUCUGAUGUUAUACCGGCCGGUUGGCAGCCCGGUGCAAAGUAUAAAUCGAACGUAAACUUCCAAGUCUAGCUAGCUUAAGGUUAUCUUACUCAGGAGUCACGAGUCG